AUGCCUUCUUCACUCAAGGUUCCGGAAACCGGCCUCAUUCUUGAGAGCUCGACCGCCUCGGGGAAUCUUGUACCGCCACAGGCCUUCUGCAUCAAUCUUUCUGACCAUGUACUCGAAGACAUGAUCAAGUGUGUACAAGGUGGUGAGGAUCUCCAAUUGUCUUUGGGGAGCAGCCCGACAUUACUCUAUGGCUCCAGUUCCCACACCCUCUCUCCGAUCUCCACGACAUUCUCACACGACCUCUUCCUCACGAAACCAUUCGAGUCGACGAAACGAGCUACACGACUACCACAAACCUCAUCACUAUGGAAGAAGCUGCCUGGCUCCGAUGGUCCCAAGAAGGGAGCGCAAGCCAAGGCGAAGGGUGCACCUUCGACCUCGUCGUCCGGUAUGGACUCAGAUAUAGAGAAUCUGCAGAAUUCCAUUGCAGCGGCAACAGCAUCGAAGAAGCAAUCAAAGGUUUUGGACAGGCUGCCGCCAGGCAACAAUCGGAAGGCCGCAGGGAAGACGGCAAAGUCCAAGUUACUUUCGAGCAUGGCCUCAUACGGCAACGGUGGCGGCAAGUCAUCGCCCUCGGGGUCACCGGCUCUGGUAGCCGUUAGUUCACCAUCGACGAAUUCUGUUUACGCUUCUUCGCAACAGAUCGUCGAGAAGUCCAAGGAGCAAAGGUCUAUGAUUGUACACGAGCUAGCGGUGCAGGAGCGGCCGGCCGACUACCUGGAUAGCCUGUGGGAAGGCAAAGACGAAGAUUUCAAGCCUGCCCUGGAAAAGGUGGCCCAGUUUGAGCCGGAUACGCAAAUGUGGGCAUUGAGAAAGAAUUACUGGAGAGAGUUGGACGUGUGGAAGUACGAAUAUGAUACCCAAGAUACCCGACAGAAGGCGAUCGACAAUGCAAUUCGUCAAUUUGAUAAGAUGCGGCUAGCAACAACGGAAACCGAGUGGCAGAAGCUCCUACCGAGAGAAGAGCGAGGAAAGGGCAAGAUCCUCAGCAAGUUGCAGGCAAAUAUUGCCAAGGCCUCCGCUGCGCCACCUCCCAAAAUAAAGGUCAGCGACGCAACAAGCGACAACGGCGACGAAGACGUCCUCAAGAUGAAGGCUGGCGAAACAAUGUCACGAUCAUCAUCGAACCCACUACCGCCGAAACCGAAAAAGGCUGCCGACUCCCAAGUCAAGCGGCUUUUGUCAACAAACAAGAAGCCCGCGACGCCAAAGGCGGCGCCGACGAAAGCCAAGGAGAAGGGGCCUGCUCCUAGCAAGAACGGGCGGGUUCUCUCUGCAGAGUUUAUUACCAACUCAGACUCGGAUUCAGAGUCUUCGGAGGACAAGCCGAUGGCGAGCAUUGUGGCUUCCAAACCGAGACCAGCGCCUGCGGCCGCACCCGCCCCAAAGAGAAAGCCGGAGUCUACGCUUCCACCAAAGCCGAAGAUUGCUGUGCCCAAGCCAAAAGCUAGACCGGUCGAGAAGCCAGUAGAACGGACGGUGGAAAGAUCAGUUGAGAGGCCCAAGGAAAAGUCGCCUCACCCUCCGCGAGAGACUGGCAAGGCGGCCAAACCACAGCCUGCCAAACGACAGAGGGAAGAGGAGGCAGAAGACAGCAGCUCAAGCUCUGGCGCCCCCUUAGCCAAGCGUGCGAAGCCCAAGGUGCCCAUCAAGGCACCCGUAAGCCUCAAGCAACGGCCCGCUGAUGCCUCUCAUGCCUCAUCCCGCAACUCAUCUGGCGUUUCUCUCAAGAGCAAAAACACAUCGCCGGCGAAGUCUUCGCCUUUGGCAUCAUCACCGCCAACGAAUGCGUCGGAUCUUGAACACUCAGCACUACCCAAGAAGCGCAAGGCCAUGGAAUCUUCCGACUCCAACGAGAGCGCCCGGACCAAGCCAGCCCCCAAGCGUCAGCGCGGGCUCAGCCCCGACCUGGUCAGCAAAGCCGCGCGUUUCAAAGCGUUCUAUGAAAAGUAUGAGGCUCUGCACUGGGAGAUUGCCGACAUGCGCAACCCACCUGAGGACAAGAUGGCAGAUCUCCUCGACAUGCGCCAGCGACUGAAGCUCCUGAAGACGGAGAUAUACAGGGAAUGCCCGCCCGCCAUCGCGGUCGCUUAG